AUGGCAGUGGACAUAAAGUGCAGCACUAUGUAUGCUGAAACGGCACAUCAGCUAUGGAAGGAGCUUGAGCAAAGGUUGGCACAGCAGAAUGCACCAAGGAUUUUUGAACUCAAACAAAGCAUUGCAAACUUGAUGCAAAAUCAAGACAGUGUAAGCAUGUAUUUUUCAAAGCUGAAAACCCUUUUAGAUGAAUUAUUGAAUUAUGAAUCAGUCCCUAAUUGUUAUUGUGGAGGUUUGAAAGUCGUGGUGAACAACCAACAGAGAGAUUGGGUUAUGAAAUUUCUUAUGGGUCUCAAUGACACAUACAAGGGAUUAAAAGCUCAAAUACUCCUUAUUAAGCCUUUCCCAAACUUGAAUGAAGUGUACUCUAUCGUUCAGCAAGAAGAGAAAAGGAGGGAAAUCUCCACUGAGAGUACACUUGGUGAAACUAUGGCAUUGCUCGCCAAGGGUAACUUUGAUGUAAGAACACAAAACCAAUCUUCUCAGAAGAAGGAUAGGUACUAUUGCAACUAUUGUAAGAUAACUGGGCAUUCCCUUGAAUGGUGCUUCAAAGCUAAUCCAAACAAGCCAACAUGCCAUAAAUCUGAAAGGAGAAGCAAAACAUCAACAUCCUUUGCUAAUCAAGCUACAAUUCUUGUGUCCCCUUUCCAUGAGCAGGUAAGUAACAAAGCUCAAAUACCUUUAACUCAAGAGCAAUAUACUCAGCUCAUGGCACUGCUAAAACCACAAACCAAUCACAACUUCAUCCCCUCCGCGAAUCAUGUUCAAACUCUUCCAACUAAUGCUGGUGAUGGAGAGAUGCCCAAAAUUUCAGUUGCACCUUGGAUAUUAAACACAGGGGCCACAGAUCAUAUGAUCUGUUCAGCCUCGUAUUUUACCACAAUCAAAGCUGAAGUUUCAUAUUCUGUAGCCCUUCCUAAUGGUGAGGACCUUUUGACUUGGAAAACAACUGGAAUGGGUGAAGUAAAGCAAGGCCUCUAUCAUUUGAUGCAAAAAGAAGCGUCUCCCCUUGCUUUCACCAAGAAAUUAAAGCAUCUAACUCAAAAAACACACAUGUUUGCUUCCUCUGUUUUUAAUAAUGCUAUUCUGGACGAUUUUAGUAGAUGUACUUGGGUAUAUAUGUUGAAAUUCAAAUCUGAUGCUGGCACUAUUUUGCAAAGUUUUUGUUAUAUGAUUGAGACACAAUUUGAAUGCAAAGUUAAGACUAUUAGAUCAGACAAUGGAAGUGAAUUUGAGAUGAAACAAUUUUACUCACAAAAGGGAAUCAUCUAUCAUAAAACUUCUAUGGAAACUCCUCAACAAAAUUCCAUAGUUGAAAGAAAGCACCAACACAUUUUAAAUGUGGCAAGAGCUUUGAAAUUUCAAAGUACCAUCCCAUUAAAAUAUUGGAGUGAUUGUGUUCUAACGGCUGUUUAUCUUAUAAAUAGAACUCCUACACCUAUUUUAGAUCAGAAAACACCUUUUUGA